CUGACCAACAGCCAACAAGUGCCAUUCGAUUCGGCGAUCCGGGACAAGAAGAAAUUCCAGCAAUUGUAGGGAAAGCGAUCGCGAGCGAGGGAAAGAUUUAGUGGAAAGAUGUUCGAACGCUGCAGUUUAUUGUUUGCGGCCAUGCUGAUGGCUUCGACUUUGAUGACCCAAGCCCAUUUCCCAGAGUAUUGUGCGGAGUGUGAGCAGGAGGUGUGGGAGCAGGUGCCGUGCAGCGAGGUGCCCACCACGGUGUCACCGACGACGACCAGUGGCAGCACCGCAAGACCACCCACCACCGUGGUGGUGCCCAGUACCACAGAUCAUGUCUAUCCCACGACUACCAGUGCACCACCCACACCCCCGGAUUACACCACCCAGCCGUCGGCGUACAAGAAGUGCUACUGCGAGUGCAAGCUGGGCUGCAAGGAGUUCUGCCGCAAGGUGGUCUCCUCGGGACCCAAGCAGCCGCUCACCCAGAUCUCCUCCAUCGGGGAGUAUGCGCCGGGUGGCCAGGUGGAGUACACGCAUGUGCAUCAGCGCAAGUACUUCCCCAAGUACGGUGGAGAUGGCUACAGCGGACUGGUGGGACCCGUGGGUGGACCCAAGUCCUAUAAGCCCUAUCCUCUGGUCUACGAGCAGGCGGCUGCCGCUUCUGCUGCCUCACCGGCGUCCAUCUCCUCGGUGGCCUCCUCGCCGGCUGUGGCCAACAUAGCUGCUCCCAAUUACACGCUGGAGGAGCUGGCCCAGCUGCUGAGCACAGCCUAUGGCAGUAAGAAGGGUUAUCCCGCCAGUGUGCCAUCUCAGCCACGCCAGUUGCAACCGGCUCCUGUGCCAACACCCUCCGUUUACUACUCCCCUGUGCCUGUGUACUCCAAACCGGUGGUUCCACUCGUGAGCAAGGUGGCUCCGGCACCCAAGCUGACCUCCAGCAUUAGGUAUGCCGCCUCGGCGGUUUCAUCCUCGUCGGGCGGUACAGUGGUGAAGAUAAAGACUCCCUACGAGGAGAAGAUUGUGGUGGCCACACCGCCUCCCAUUUACGACAGGACCACCUCCUAUCCGAUUGUUGAGGAGCCCAAGGCGUAUUCAGCGCCCCAAACAGAGGCCUAUCCUGUUGUGCAGAGCCAAACGGAAUACCCCAGUCCUACGGAAUCGUAUCCCAGCCACAAGGAGUCGUACCCCAGCAUCACGGAGGCAUAUCCCAGUCAAACGGAGGCAUAUCCCAGCCAAACGGAGGCCUAUCAACCCCGUACGGAGAACUAUCCCGUACCGGAACCUCAGCCGGAGGUUAAGCCAUAUGGUGGACCCGAAUCCGGCCCUGAUAAGCCAUCCUCGACCUUUGACCUGGCCAUCGAUAACUAUCUGAAGGACUUUGGAUAUGGCAACCAAGGAAGGGGCUAUGUGGACUACUGAGUCCCAUUCGUUGUUGUUAGGUUUAGACAUAUUCCUAGGUCUCCUUCUAUUUAUUUAUGUUUUUCCCCUUUUCUGUUGACUUAAUAAUGAUUAAAAUAUUUA